CCAGUUCGUCGCACCUCCCCCAAGAUGGCGGCGGCGCUCGAGGCGCCGGAAGACGGCCUGGGAACCCGUGCGGCCGCGCGCGUGCGCACUGCCGGGCUCACGCCUGCCCCCGGGACUUCGCCGAACUCUCGCGAUACCGAUAUCUGCGUGUGGGGACGUACGGCGGCUCUUACUUUCCGUCAUGGCGCUGAAGGUGGUGAGGGCCGCCGGCGGCGCUACGAAGGCAGUGCUCAGGCCAGCCGUCUUCUGCCGCCCUUGGGAGGUUUUAGGUGCCCACGAGGCCCCCCGGAGGAGCAUCUCCUCACAACAAACAAUUCCUCCGUCAGCUAAGUAUGGUGGGCGGCACACUGUGACUAUGAUCCCAGGGGACGGCAUUGGGCCGGAGCUGAUGUUGCAUGUCAAGUCUGUGUUCAGACACGCGUGUGUGCCGGUGGACUUUGAAGAGGUGCACGUGACCUCCAAUGGUGACGAAGAGGACAUCCGUAAUGCCAUCAUGGCCAUCCGUCGGAACCGUGUGGCCCUGAAGGGCAACAUUGAAACAAAUCAUAACCUGCCACCGUCCCACAAAUCCCGAAACAACAUCCUUCGCACCAGCUUGGACCUCUACGCCAAUGUCAUCCACUGUAAGAGCCUGCCAGGAGUAGUGACCCGGCACAAGAACAUCGACAUCCUCAUCGUUCGGGAAAACACCGAAGGCGAGUACAGCAGCCUGGAGCAUGAGAGUGUGGCAGGAGUGGUGGAGAGCCUGAAGAUCAUCACCAAGGCCAAGUCCCUGCGCAUUGCUGAAUACGCCUUCAAGCUGGCCCAGGAGAGCGGGCGCAAGAAAGUGACGGCUGUGCACAAGGCCAACAUCAUGAAACUGGGUGAUGGGCUCUUCCUCCAGUGCUGCAGGGAAGUGGCGGCUCGCUACCCCCAGAUCACCUUUGAGAACAUGAUUGUGGACAACACCACCAUGCAGCUGGUGUCCCGGCCCCAGCAGUUUGAUGUCAUGGUGAUGCCCAAUCUCUAUGGCAACAUCGUCAACAACGUCUGCGCAGGGCUGGUCGGGGGCCCAGGCCUCGUGGCUGGGGCCAACUAUGGCCACGUGUAUGCGGUGUUUGAGACAGCUACAAGGAACACAGGCAAGAGUAUUGCCAAUAAGAACAUCGCCAACCCCACGGCUACAUUGCUGGCGAGCUGCAUGAUGCUCGACCACCUCAAGCUCCACUCCUAUGCUUCGUCCAUCCGCAAGGCCGUCUUGGCGUCUAUGGACAAUGAAAACAUGCACACCCCAGACAUCGGGGGCCAGGGUACUACGUCCGAAGCCAUCCAGGACAUCAUCCGCCACAUCCGCAUCAUUAAUGGCCGGGCUGUGGAGGCCUAGGCUGGCCCUGGGACCGUGGAAACCCACUCCUAGACCCCCCUUCUCACUCCAGCACCCCGGUCAGUGCGGUAGGCAGACCCCAGAAUAAACGAGCUUUUACCCUGGA